UACGUAGUCACGCAAGAACGAAGUAUGCUUGUGUGAUCUUUGUAUUUCUAAAUCGUAUAGUCACUCUGGGAAGCUAAGAGUCUGUCAUAUUAGUAAAGAAGGAACGGAGUUUUCAGGUUUUCUCCUUGCAAGAAAUAUAAAAGAUCCCUUUCAAAAUGUCUAUUAUGUCCUAUAAUGGAGGGGCCGUCAUGGCCAUGCGAGGAAAGAACUGUGUGGCCAUAGCAGCAGACCGGAGGUUUGGCAUCCAGGCUCAGAUGGUCACCACAGAUUUCCAGAAGAUCUUCCCCAUGGGAGAGCGGUUGUACAUUGGGCUGGCUGGUCUGGCGACUGAUGUUCAGACAGUAGCUCAAAGGCUUAAAUUCAGACUGAACCUUUAUGAGCUGAAGGAGGGUCGCCAGAUCAAACCCAAAACCUUCAUGAGCAUGGUGUCCAACCUGCUGUAUGAAAGGAGGUUUGGGCCCUACUACAUUGAGCCAGUGAUUGCAGGACUAGAUCCCAAAACCUUUGAACCCUUCAUCUGUUCCUUGGAUUUGAUUGGCUGUCCCAUGGUGACGGAAGACUUCGUUGUGAGUGGCACUUGCUCGGAGCAGAUGUACGGCAUGUGCGAGUCUUUGUGGGAGCCAGACAUGGAACCAGAGGACCUCUUUGAGACCAUCUCCCAGGCGAUGCUGAAUGCAGUUGAUAGGGAUGCCGUGUCAGGCAUGGGAGUCGUUGUACAUGUCAUUGAGAAAGACAAGAUUACCACACGAACCCUGAAAGCCAGGAUGGAUUAGAAACUUUUGCUCCACACCUCAGAAAAAAAACUAAAAUGUUUUGUAUAAAAAUGAUAAACUGCUUGAUCUGUUUCUUACUUAUUUUGUUCAAUAAAUGAACAUAGGUUUAAACAAUAAA